CUCAACACAUUUCCAAGCUUCAGCAUUUAGAACUCAAUAACUAAUAAUCUUCGACUCCCCCUUUUCUUACCAAGCAUGGCAAAUGUAUCAUUAUCUGAAAAAUACAAGGAACCAGCCCACCUUAGCUUUCCUCAAAAUUUUUCCACCAACCGAACACCCUCACUCCCCUUUCUCCACUUUCACAAUCCUAAACCCAAAUGUCAAUCCCAACCACGAAGCUGUUCCCGCCAAUUUCCCUUCCCAUUCGCCACAUAAUCCUCACUUGGUUCCCACCAGUAACAUAACGAGGAAACCCCCCACCGCCCCUUCGCUUGACAAAACUCCAACGUUGGAUCAACAUAAUCACAAUUAUAUCAUUUCUUCAAAUAAGGUUAUCACUAGCUAUAUUCGCUCAGGUGAUUUAGAUUCCGCUCUCCGAGUUUUCAACAACAUGACUGUUAAAACGACAGUUACUUGGAACUCGAUUUUGGCCGGGUAUUCCAAAAACCCCGGAAAGAUAACAGAAGCCCAAAAACUGUUUGAUAAAAUUCCUGAAAAAGACACUGUCUCUUAUAAUAUUAUGUUGGCUUGUUAUGUACACAAUUCUGAUAUGGAAACAGCUUGGUUUUUCUUUAAUUCAAUGCCCUUUAAGGAUUCUGCUUCUUGGAAUACAAUGAUUUCUGGUUUCGCUCAAAAGGGCGUAAUGGGAAAAGCGAGGGAGUUGUUUUCGGCCAUGCCCGAGAAGAAUAGUGUUACUUGGAGUGCAAUGAUUUCUGGGUAUGUUGAAUGUGGGGAAUUGGAAUUGGCUGUGGAGUUUUUCGAGUUAGCGGAUGUGAAGAGUGUGGUGGCGUGGACUGCCAUGAUAAGCGGGUAUAUGAAGUUUGGGAAGAUAGAAAAAGCUGAGAGAUUGUUUAAAGAAAUGCCAGUCAAAAACUUGGUGACUUGGAAUGCUAUGAUCUCCGGUUAUGUGGAGAAUUGUCGAGCUGAGGAUGGUUUAAAGCUUUUCAGGAUGAUGUUAAGGUAUGGUAUUAGGCCGAAUAAUUCGAGUUUGAGUAGUGUUUUAUUGGGUUGUAGUGAAUUGUCUGCUUUGCAGUUUGGGAAACAAGUGCAUCAGCUUGUUUGUAAAUCUUUGUUACGUGAUGAUACAACUGCGGGUACUUCAUUGCUUAGCAUGUAUUGUAAAUGUGGAGCGUUGGAUGAUGCUUGGGAACUGUUUCUUGAGAUAAAGAAAAAGGAUGUUGUUAGUUGGAAUGCAAUGAUUUCUGGUUAUGCCCAACAUGGUGCUGGUGAGAAAGCUCUACUUCUGUUUGAGGAGAUGAGGGAUGAAGGGGUAAGGCCAGAUUGGAUCACCUUUGUGGCAGUUCUUCUGGCCUGCAACCAUGCAGGGCUGGUAGAUAUGGGGAUUCGGUACUUUGAUUCCAUGUUGAAGGAUUAUGGGGUUGAAGCUAGACCAGAUCACUAUACAUGUAUGGUGGACCUGCUUGGUCGAGCUGGCAAACUGGUUGAUGCUGUAAAUUUGAUAAAGAGAAUGCCUUUCAAACCACACUGUGCCAUAUAUGGAACCCUUUUGGGUGCUUGUAGGAUCCACAAGAACUUGGAGAUGGCUGAGUUUGCAGCCGAGAACUUGCUUAAUCUUGAUCCCAAAAAUGCGGCUGGUUAUGUGCAACUGGCUAACAUUUAUGCAGCGAUGAACAAAUGGGACCACGUUGCUAGGGUUCGCCAAUCAAUGAAAGACAAUAAGGUAGUGAAGACGCCAGGGUACAGUUGGAUUGAGAUAAAAAGUGUAGUUCAUGAAUUCAGAUCAGGGGAUAGAGUGCACCCAGAAUUAGCCUCCAUACAUGAAAAACUGAGAGAGCUGGAGAAGAAAUUGAAGUUGGCAGGUUAUGUUCCAGAUCUUGAAUUUGCACUGCAUGAUGUGGGGGAAGAGCAGAAGGCGCAGCUUCUAUUACGGCAUAGUGAAAAGCUGGCAAUUGCCUUUGGGCUCAUUAAAGUGCCCAGCGGGACACCAAUCAGAGUUUUCAAGAACUUGAGAGUAUGUGGGGAUUGCCACCGUGCCAUCAAGUACAUUUCAGCAAUUGUAACAAGAGAGAUCAUAGUAAGGGAUACCGUAAGGUUUCACCAUUUUAAGGAUGGAUCCUGCUCUUGUGGUGAUUACUGGUAGGUUUGCAUGGUUCCCUUGAAAGUAAGAAGGCAAUAUGGAAACGUUUAUUCAAUCCUCUGCUGGUUCAAAUCACUCUGGUGGAGUUCUCAGUCUUGCCUAAGCUCUGGAUCCAUUUAUAAGGAAAUUGAGGUGUGAAAUAUACUCCAUACUGCAUUUUUAUUUUUAUGGUUGCAAACCUUGCUAAUGGCCAGGCUCCAGGAAUUUAUAUUUCCUGCCAAGAAAGUGCAACCGUGGAAUUGUACAACUAUGAUUUUUGUUUGUCAAAGAUUAGGUUUAAAUUCUCUUGGAGAUUCCUUAGGGAUGUUGCCGCAUAGUUCACAUAGGCAAUCGCCCAAAGGAAAAUUCAGAGCUAAUUGCAUUUGCCAUUACGC